AUGUAAUUAAACAAACACCAGUGUUAAAACUACAACAACAAUUCCAUAACAAGUGCCUUCAUUCAUAGAUUUUUUAUUUUCAUUUACUAUUUGUUUAUUUUUUCUCACCUACAAUUUAGUUAAUAAUAAAACAUAAAAUGAAAGCCAUAACAAUAAAUCUAACACUGUUAUUAAUUGUGGUAACCAUAACAGGAUCCUGGGCCAUACGUUGCUAUCAGUGCUCCUCGGACCAGGACCGUAAGGGUUAUGAUAGCUGUGGAGCUUACAAAAAAUUCAAUCGCACCGAGCACAUUGCCAUUGAAUGCAACAGUGAUGAAUCUCACAUGCCUGGCUCGUUUUGUAUGAAGGUGGUGCAACAGGGUCCCAGAGGUUUUAUAUGGGAUGGUCGUUGGCGUCAGGUCAUUAGACGUUGUGCCUCUGUGGCCGAUACUGGUGUUACUGGAGUCUGUAAUUGGGGCGUUUAUGAAAACGGCAUCUACUGGGAGGAGUGCUACUGUUCCAGUGACAGUUGUAAUGGCACGGUAUCGCUGAGUAUGUCUAAAACAUUGUGGGCCUUUGUUUUGCUUGUUGGCGUCUUGGGUUUCUCUAGAAUUUUACGAAAUUGACAAACUAUUUUGUAUACAUACAUACAUAUUAUAACAAAGCUCUUAUUAGUUUAAACACAUACAGUCCAUUUUACACAAAUUAGUAUGUAGUUUUUAAUUUUUUAUAUACAUAAAGAUAAAUUUUAUAACAAUUAACAACGAGAAAUAAAGAAUCUCAGAUAAUGUAUGAAAACAUAUCGAAAUAAAA